AUGCCACCACUCACCAUCAACCUUGGACUCCGAACGCUCUUAUUGUCCACCAGUACCGCAUUCACACCAAAACCUUGUUCUCGAAAUUUCCAUCAAGCUUCUGUAAUGAUGAAGAAGUAUGCUCCAUCCAAAUUUCUGAUUGAUGACGAACAAAAAAAGUGGAGAAUUGCUGUGGCUUGUGCCGUCUUGAAUUCCAAGAAUGAACUGCUGAUCGGCGAGCGUAUAAACAUCCCUAACGCUUGGCAAGCCCCUCAAGGCGGAGUCGAUGAUGCUUGGGAGGGAAACAAUAACCAAGCUGAAACUGUUGCGGAAGCUGCAUCACGGGAACUCUUCGAAGAAAUGGGACUACGUACUGGCAAAGACGUUACAGUUAUUUCUGAAAACACGAGCACUCUAUCUGUCGAACCCAUUCGUUACGAGGCAAAAGGAAACGACAACUGGCUCACCAAAAAUGGAUUCAGUGGACAAGAACUGCACUGGGUCAUCUUUCGAUGCACAAAUGCUAGAGGAGAUUCCGACCCGGAAUUUAUGUGCCGCUUGGAAGGCCAGAAUGGUGAAGCACAAGAAUUUUUAAAGGUUCAAUGGAAGCCAAUCGACUGGGUUGUGGAGAACAUAUGGCCAGCAAAAAGAGGCGCGUAUGAGGCUCUUCAGGGAUCGUUGAAUGAUGCCGUGAAGGAAUGGGAUGAACAAUGCAAUAUGGCGAUCGACUUCGAUGGUACAUGGUCUCGUGAUGCGUCGAAAAACGAAGGGGUCGUAGAGGCGUUGAUUCAACGAGGUGUUGCCGCCGAUAAGGCUGCCUCAGAAGCAGAGCGUCCUUACGUUCAAAAAUGGGAAAGGAAAGAGGAUGAUGUCUGGAAUGUUAAAACAUAUGGUGCAGACAACAACUUGCGUCGUGAUGUGGACUACCAAGUAGGCAAAUCAUGGAGAGAAGAAGACAGCUGUAAUAUUUGGCGAUGUAAAAGAUGGUCUCAGUCGAACAACAAGUCUCAUUGCAGAACCCGAAGCAGAUUCGCUUGCUGCAUUAACCACGAUAACAGAUAUUGA